GCUCAGGCUUCCGCCUCCGGUGCGCCGCCGGAAGUGGAGCCGUGCCGCCGCUGCGCCGCCGGGGGCUGCCGUCGCCCGCCGCGUCCCGCCGCGUCCCGCCCCGCCGGGUCCCGCCGCCGCCGCCGCCAUGUCGGUGCCCAGCGCCCUGAUGAAGCAGCCGCCCAUCCAGUCCACGGCGGGCGCCGUGCCCGUCCGCAACGAGAAGGGGGAGCUGUCCAUGGAGAAGGUGAAGGUGAAGCGGUACGUGUCCGGGAAGCGGCCCGACUACGCGCCCAUGGAGUCCUCGGAGGAGGAGGACGAGGAGUUCCAGUUCAUCAAGAAGGCGAAGGAGCAGGAGGCCGAGCCCGAGGAGCAGGAGGAGGAGGUCGCCAACGACCCCCGGCUGCGGCGGCUGCAGAACCGCGUCACGGAGGACGUGGAGGAGCGGCUGGCACGGCACCGUAAGAUCGUGGAGCCUGAAGUGGUUGGAGAAAGCGAUUCUGAGGUGGAGGGCGAAGCAUGGCGCCUGGAGCGAGAGGACACCAGCGAGGAGGAAGAGGAAGAGAUCGACGAUGAGGAGAUCGAGCGUCGGCGCGGGAUGAUGCGCCAGCGAGCGCAAGAGAGGAAGACCGAGGAGCUGGAGGUGAUGGAGCUGGAAGACGAGGGCAGAUCUGGAGAGGAGUCCGAGUCAGAGUCCGAGUACGAGGAGUACACAGACAGCGAGGAUGAAAUGGAGCCGCGGCUCAAACCCGUCUUCAUCCGCAAGAAGGACCGAAUCACGGUUCAGGAGCGAGAAGCAGAAGCCUUGAAGCAGAAGGAGCUGGAGCAGGAAGCAAAGAGACUGGCAGAGGAGAGGCGCAAAUACACGCUCAAGAUCGUGGAGGAGGAAGCGAAGAAGGAGCUGGAGGAGAACAAACGCUCGCUGGCAGCGCUGGAUGCCCUCGACACUGACGACGAGAACGACGAGGAGGAGUACGAGGCCUGGAAAGUACGUGAGCUGAAGCGCAUCAAACGGGACCGCGAAGAACGAGAAGCCAUGGAAAAGGAGAAGGCGGAGAUCGAGCGGAUGCGGAACCUGACGGAGGAGGAGCGCCGCGCCGAGCUGCGGGCCAACGGCAAGGUCAUCACCAACAAGGCCGUGAAGGGCAAAUACAAGUUCCUGCAGAAGUACUACCACCGCGGCGCCUUCUUCAUGGAUGAGGACGAGGAGGUGUACAAGCGGGACUUCAGCGCCCCGACCCUCGAGGACCACUUCAACAAGACCAUCCUGCCCAAAGUCAUGCAGGUCAAGAACUUCGGGCGCUCGGGGCGGACGAAGUACACGCACUUGGUGGACCAGGACACCACCUCGUUUGACUCCGCCUGGGGCCAGGAGAGCGCCCAGAACACCAAGUUCUUCAAGCAGAAGGCAGCAGGCGUGCGGGAUGUCUUUGAGAGACCCUCAGCCAAGAAGCGGAAAACGACCUAAGGAGGUGCGCGGGAGGCGUCCCGAGGCUGACCGCCGGGCGGGAAGGCGCUGCUGUGCCAGCUGCCCGAGAGCCUGAGCAGGAACAGAGGGGACAAAACACUGCUGGGCCGCGCCGCGCCGUUCUGUGCCCCUGCUCCGCGCCCUCCCCGGCGGCACGAUGCGCCCGCACUGCGCAGCCGCGGCCUUCUCCACGCCUGGCUCCCGCGGAGGCUGCCGCCCGCCCGAGCCGCCCAGCCCCGGCUGUGUCACCGCCCCCCCACCCUGAAAGCGCCUCGGCAGCGCCGGGCACGGCUGUGCGGGAGCACGGCACCCCCUGCCCCCAGCGCCCCCACCUUCAGAGGAACUGCGGACUUUUAUGUCUGCUCCGUAGCAUCUCCCUGUGCCCCGUACCCUCCCGCUGCCAGGUCGGGCCCCCUUCUUGGUUUGGAGCAGCUGUAACAACGUUUCCUAACCCUGUUUCUGCAGGGCUUGGCUUUUCUACCCGGGCAGGGGGAGGGGAUUGUUUUGAUUAAAGCGAUUUUUUCCUAAGA